UCGUUCGGUUGUCGUCAGUCCGCGGUGCCGCAUCCCGUAUCCGCAGUCGCAAUCGCUUUUGAAACCCGAACCGGAAUCGGUAACGGUAUCAGAACCAGAAUCGGUUUCGUUAGACGUGCGGACGUGGUCUUUCUUAUUUGCACUGGCCAAAUAGUUAAAAAUAGUAUUUUCGAUUGGCAUUAGUGGCGAAUGGUUGUUGUAAAUCAACUGCUGUGAGUGCUUUUAUUCGAUAGCCCAUAUCCCCCCAUCCAUGCCAUUUAUGCACCUCCGCUGCCCACCGGAGGAGCUGCUGGUUUUGUGACGGCGUCUGUGUGUCUGCCGCGUGGUCCCCUAAUUUAGUUAUGUUGCAAAAACGGAGAACGGCAGAGGGAAACAUGAAAAUCCGUUGUUAUGUUGUCUCGUUGCUCUAUUUAUAAAUUGAUUUGCUGAUUCCUGCCGACAUCUGACGCCCCAUCCAGCAGCCAGACAUUGCCACGGGGUGCAUAAAAGCCAAUCGCAAUUAAACGUAGAUCGAUUACGAAAGCAAACACAACAUGAGCCUGAAUAUACUCUAAACAACGGUAAAAAAAGUGGCAUCAAACUUCCAACAAAAUGGCAUACCACCUUGAAGCUAUUUCUUCGAUUCUGUAUGUGGGCCUUGGUUGCCUGAUUGCCUCGUCUGUGGCACUAAGUACAGAUACCGGAAGUGAAGGCAACGCCGGUAACGUCGGUGGCUCAACCCUAAAUAAUGUCAUCAGCGAAGAUCCCGAGUUUACGGAUGUGAUCGAAAAUAUUACAGUGCCUGCGGGGCGUAAUGUAAAGUUAGCUUGCUCAGUCAAGAACCUGGGAUCCUAUAAGGUCGCGUGGAUGCACUUCGAGCAGUCGGCCAUUCUCACAGUUCACAACCACGUGAUAACGCGUAAUCCGAGGAUUAGUGUCACCCACGAUAAGCACGACAAGCACCGCACCUGGUUCCUGCAUAUCAACAAUGUCCAGGAGGAGGACAGGGGCCGAUACAUGUGCCAAAUCAAUACGGUUACGGCCAAGACCCAGUACGGAUUUGUCAAAGUAGUGGUGCCGCCCAAUAUAGACGACGCCCUGACCUCCAGUGACAUCAUCGUGCGCGAGGGCGAUAACGUUACGCUGCGCUGCAAGGCGAAAGGUAGUCCGGAGCCGACCAUCAAAUGGAAACGCGAUGACGGCAACAAAAUCGUUGUCAACAAGACGCUCGAGGUGCACGACUUGGAGACUGACUCCCUGGAGCUGGAGCGGAUUUCGCGACUGCACAUGGGCGCCUACCUGUGCAUCGCCUCGAAUGGAGUGCCGCCAAGUGUGUCCAAGCGGAUCAAAGUCAGCGUGGACUUUUCGCCGAUGGUCUGGAUACCGCAUCAGUUGGUGGGCAUUCCCAUUGGAUUCAACAUCACCCUGGAGUGCUUCAUCGAAGCGAAUCCGACCUCACUAAACUAUUGGACGCGCGAAAACGAUCAAAUGAUCACUGAGUCAUCGAAGUACAAAACCGAAACCAUUCCCGGCCAUCCGUCGUACAAGGCGACCAUGCGGCUCACGAUUACCAACGUUCAGAGAAGCGAUUACGGCAACUACAAGUGCGUCGCCAAAAAUCCUCGGGGCGACAUGGACGGCAACAUAAAGCUGUACAUGUCGAGUCCGCCGACAACACAACCGCCGCCCACAACCACAACGCUGCGGCGGACGACAACAACCGCGGCGGAAAUCGCACUGGACGGCUACAUCAACACGCCCCUGAAUGGCAAUGGCAUUGGCAUUGUGGGCGAAGGACCCACAAAUUCGGUGAUUGCGUCCGGCAAAUCGAGCAUUAAAUACCUAUCGAAUCUGAACGAGAUCGACAAGUCGAAGCAGAAGCUGACGGGCAGCAGUCCCAAGGGAUUCGACUGGUCCAAGGGCAAGAGCAGCGGGAGUCAUGGCAACCUAGUGGCGUCCAGUUGGUCCCUCAUCUGCUGCAUCCUUGCGCUGCUGACGACACACUCGUGUGGUUGAAAACUAUGUGCGAUUCCAUUUUAAUAAAGUGCCAUUACCAAACAGUCGAAA